AUGAUCUUUCAUUUUAAAUUUCUGAAGGUAAUUUCAUUCUCAAUCCUUCAAUUUCAAAUUCUUACAGCUUUUCUCACUGGUCGGGUUGAGCUUCUGUAUUUUCUUCACCUUUCUGAUUGCUUGGCGGGGAUUCUCUAACGGCUCUUCGAAAGAUCAUCGGAGCAAGCAUGAGAAGACGUUCAGUAGAGGUUUCCUUCGGUUUUUUUCAUUCAUUUAUUUUUAUAUUGGAUUUAAAACUCGUUUUCUGCGGAAUUUAUUAUGAAUUUCGGGAUUUUACUAUAUCCUACCGCUCUUAAGUGUUUUCAACUUUUCUUCUAGACGAUUUUUUUAUUCUUAUUUUUGCUUAGAUACUACGGAGCCGGAACGUGUCGUUUUGCAAAAGACGUUUCUAGUUGCCGCUAUCAUGUCCUCGCCAAAGGAUGUCGAAACUAGAAAUUUGAUUCGUAAUACUUGGCUGAAACUGGGGCGAAAGGUACAAGCAGAAUGAUUUACAGGGCAUUAUUCUCACAAGUUUUCAGAUACCUUCUACUGUCAUCUACUUUUUCCCUGUGGGAACAAAUUCCCUCGGCGACGAGGAUAAGGCUGAACUUUUCAAGGAAAACGAGACCUACAGAGACAUCGCCUUUCUUCCCAAUUUGGAAGAUUCAUACGAGAAUCUGGCGCAAAAAACUCUCCACACGUUUGAGUACGCUGUCAAAAAAUACGAUUUUGACUUUAUUUUGAAAGUAAGGCGAAAAGAAACAUUGAAAUGAUUAUCUUGUUUUUGAGACUGACGCGGAUUCUUUCGUACGAAUCAAAGGCCUGCUAGGAGCUCUUCGUGAGGUACAACAUCCGAUGCUCUACUGGGGAUUCUUGGACGGACGCGCCAAGCCGCGACGCAAAGGAAAGUGGAGUGAGCCGGAGUGGAUGCUCUGCGACCGUUAUCUGCCUUAUCAGGUCUUUUUAAACUCAUAAUUUUCACCUAAUAGUUUGGAUACUUAUUUCCUACUAAAACCAUUUUCCACUUGGAACUUCUCUAAAUGUCUGAGUGGUUUCUUAAAUGAAGUUAGCUCAGCAAGUAAUGUUGAGCUUUUAUAUUAAAUUUUUGAUAUUGUUUCUGAAUUGCAGCUUGGUGGUGGUUACGUGCUCUCUCACACAUUGGCGAAAUUCAUAUCGACGAAUUCGCAACUUCUGCGAACUUACAAGAACGAAGAUGUUUCCGUCGGAGCCUGGCUUGCAGGUUCUUCAUCUAGUUUUUUUUUUCGAAAAAAUCACGCGGAAUUUUUGAUUGCUGAGUCUACAGGACAGCAAUGGCUUUUGAACCGCGUCUGUUGACCAGUUAUUGAAUUUUAAGAAAAGUUGGAAAGCUAUUCUGAAAUUUCCGAAGCUCUGACACCCAUAAAAAAAACAACAGUGAAAUAUGACACUUUUCGUUGAUGUUUAGUCCUAAUUUUUACUGACAGUGUAUGCAUUCAAGGAUUGAAAGUGCGGUAUGUGCACGAUCCGAGGUUCGAUACGGAGUGGACCUCGCGCGGAUGCAAUAACGAGUACCUCGUGACGCACAAAAAGUCGCCGGGGGAGAUGUUGGCCAUGUUCGAUUCGCUGAAGAGCCACGGUGUUCUUUGUCCCAAACAGUACCAGUAAGAACUCAAUACCGAUUUUCUGAAUACAUUUUUUUGAUUUUCCAGAACUCGACCUUCCUACGUCUACAAUUGGGCGGUUCCGCCCAGUGAGUGCUGCACUAGAAUCAACGGGUCACGAAUUCCUUGA